AUGAAUCAUCACCUUCGAAGACGGAUUCGUUCUGGAGGAAGUCCUUUGAGGCGUUUGAACUUCUUUCUUUUAGCGUUAGGUAAGACCCAGCGGAUCGGAAAUGAGAUCGAAACUGACUCAGCGAAUUCGAGAACUAGAGGUCGUGAACUCCAGUUAAGCGACAUUCGAUCAGAAGAAACUGCAUUCUCUGUAAGGCAUCGCGACGGAAGGAAAGCUCUCGGAAUUAAGAACGAGGCAGAACUUAAGGAAGAGCGAGGGCCGCAGGAAGGCGACCACUUUCGAUCCUCGGAGGAGAAAGGAGCAUUGUGCUAUCUUUGCCACGGUAUCUAG